AGUUCAUUGAUUACUUCUUCAACUAGUACUAAUAGAAAUUUAAUCCCGCUUUCCCGCUUUUAUAUCUCUACAAUGAAGUCUAUUGGCACUAAACAAGUUCUCAGAAUCGAUCCUUCAAUAAAAAGAACUUUAUGCAAAAAAUGUGAAUCAGUACUCUUACCGGGUCUUACUUCGCGUAUCCGAAUUAAACCUAAACCGGAACCACAACUCCAAGUGAUGUGCACACAAUGCGGUACCGCACGCGGAUAUCCUAUCAGGAAAGGGUAUCAAUUAUUUUCAGAAAAAUCUGAAAAUAUUUAUAGUGGUGAAAACGUACGACAAUAG